AAGAUGACGAAGGGGACAUCGUCGUUCCGGAAGCGGCACAACAAGAUGCACACGCUGUGCCAGCGCUGUAGCUCCAAGGCCUACCGCCUGCAGAAGUCCACCUGUGGCAAGAGCGGCUACCCUGCCAAGCACAAGCAUAGGUAUGACUGGAGUAUCAAGGCUAAGAGACAGAAUACCACCAGGACCAGUCAGAUGAGGCAUCUGAAGACUGUAUGCCGCAGAUUGAGGCAUGGAUUCUGUGAAGGAAUGAUACCCAGAUCCAAGAGGGCAGCAGCUGCAACGUCCAGUUCAUCUUGA